AUAUACUAGAUACCUACCCAUUCCCAUUCACUCUGAUACCGCAAAGUGCUUCAUUGUUUUUAUCGUUUCAAUUUCUUUUCGAUGCUCAACUGAAUUAAGUUUUGGAGCUAUUUACUACCUACUAUUGAUUCACUCCUCAAAGAAGGCAACUUAGAGUAUUAACCUUGAAAAGCCCCCUGGUAGAUACCAAUCACGUUUGGACUGCACUUAUUGUUUCGCUUCUAAACGUGCUCCAGAACCCCAUUCAAAGCAUUUCAUUACAUCUUCCUUAUCUCCAACAACAACCACAACAACUACUACUACUACUACUUCCUACCUACACAACUCAAAUAUUCACGACGCAAACUCUUGCAGAGCUAUUUAUCAUUCAGAGAGGAAUCAAAAGCAAAAUUAACGACUAAAUCUUCACGAACAAAUCAAUCCUCAUACCUACACAAACGACACAAUGGCCGACCACAGAGAACCUCAAUAUGACCCUUAUAUCCCAAGCGGAGGAGCUGCUGGUGCAGGUACCCAACAAGCAGGAGGUAAUCAAAGGACGGCGGCAUUACAGGCGGUAAGUUACAUAUGAUAUUCCAAAGUGUAGAGGAGUUGUCUGUCGAUGGAGAAGAGUUUGGGAGCUUGAUGGAGACUUUUGUCUUUCUGUCAUCAUUAUGCAUACGAUGAUUUUGCGACCGACCUUGCGAUAACGAUUCAACAAACGAUGGGAAUAAAUAUUGCGCUCAAUAGCCACGAUUCCAAUACACAAUUUCGACAUGCGGAAAGGAUAAAAGGGCGUGUCGAUUGUGUUGGUAAUCGAUCAAUUAUAUUAUGUUGGUCUCGUCGUGAAUGUGUUUUAGCCGCCGCCAACACGAGUGCCGACAUAAAUUUUACUUUUCUGAUGUAUACUCGGAAGACAGCGUCACAAAUAGUUGCGACCAUAUCUAUGCAACGAUCUUCGAGAAUGAUGUUCAGACUGCAAAACUUGUCCAAAUCCUAAAGUGCUCCAAACUCAACAGACAGCAUUGGCAACUCGCGGGUAACUCGGUUCAUGUUGCAGAGCCUUGACUAACUAUUGUUUCCUCCCUAGACUAUCGAUGAUACUGUUGGUGUAAUGCGCGAGAAUAUCAACAAGGUCUCAGAACGUGGUGCCCAUUUAGAUUCCCUUCAAGAUAAAACCGACAGUCUCGCAGUUUCAGCACAAGGUUUCCGUCGUGGAGCCAACAGAGUCCGCAAACAGAUGUGGUGGAAGGUAAAGAGCUAUAUUCGGUGGCAAUCAAGAAGUUUGUGCUAAUGUUCGCUUACAGGAUAUGAAGAUGAGGAUGUGCUUGAUUAUAGGCAUCAUCGUCUUGAUCAUUAUCAUUGUAGUUCCUGCUGGUAAGCUCCUUUAACUUGAUUUGGAGUUUCACAACUAAUGCAAUUCUAGUCGUUGCUACAAAGCAUUAAGUACAAACUGGGAAUGGGAACGUGACGUGAAUGAUGGAAUGCUUGGGUACAGAGAUUAUGAGAGAAAAGAUACAUGAACGCUUGUACGGAAUUUCAUGGCACGAAACGCUGGACACGAAAUCUUCUUGAGCUUUUGCAUGAGAAACUCGCAAAGCUGGGAGAGCAACGAAAGGGUUUUUAGCGAUUCAGGAGUUGACAUUUUGAGAUUUUUUUUACAUGAUCGGUCCUUUGUUUUUUUUUUCGUUUCUAUGAAAGGCGUCACUUUGAUAUCGUUUGACCUGAUGAAUCUUUAAUCC